GACAUAAUCCUUUUUAGUGGGAAGGGGUAUAAAAAAGAAAAGCGCCUACUCUUUUCAGAAAUUUACCAAAAGCAAAAUGGCACGUGCCACUUUCUUUAUUCUGUUAGCAGCAACUAUUGCUGUUUAUGAAGCUACACAAACGGAGAAAGAAGGUGAAAAGGCCCAGGAGGAGACCUGCGUUCUAAUGGUUAAAGUCCUCGAUGCUGUCCGGGGGAUGCCAGCAGCUAAGCUUAACCUGAAAGUCUUGAAGGCCGGAGAAGAAAACAGCUGGCAGAUAGUAUCUAGCAGGAUUACGGAUAAUGAUGGAGAGGUCCAUAAUUUAUCAUCAGGAACUAAUUUCACUGAAGGAAUAUACAAGGUUGAAUUUGACACAAAGACCUACUGGAAAUCUGUGGGACUGAACCCUUUCCAUCAUGUUACAGACGUGGUGUUUGAAGGCAGUAAACUUGGCCAUCAUCACUAUACUCUUGCAGUUCUUCUGAGCCCUUAUUCAUUCACAACAACUGCUGUUGUUAGAAGUAAACAUAAAUAAAUCAAU